AAAAAUAAGCAGAACUAGCAGAUCCCAGAAAAGGCCUCAACUUCUCCAGAAACUACUCGUGCAUCCUCCCGCCGCCGCUUCCCCACCAACGCCGCCGGCUGCGCGGCUGCGACGGCGACGGCGACGCUCUCCCCCGGCUAUCUCGAGGUUUAGUGCAAGAAUGGGUCGGAAGGCGGGUGCGCUUUACAUAAACCCAAAGAAGUUCGGUGGUGUCACGAAGCCUUGCAUGAUCGAGAUGGUUUCCUUCCUCAAUUGCCUGGCCUUGAACAAACAGAACGAUGACAAGUGUGUCCGACAGAAGGAUCUCUUGGUUGCUUGUGCUCAGGCUCAGAAAGGAAGGCCAAAGAAUGCAGCAAAGACCAUCAAUUACCAUCUUCAGCGACUUGCACGAGACAAGGGCAUUUAGUUCCGGUAAUAUGGAAUCUUUGUUGAUCAUGAUGUUUGUUGCCUUGAUGAUAUGGAGUCGUAAUGCAAUGGCCUAUUUGUAAUAAUCUUUAUAUCUCAGACUAGGCAUUUCAACACAAUAUCGAUAUUAUUUUCCUCUGAACUUCUUUACACUAUAAAACGUGGUUUGCGGCUUUUGCGGUAUACUGUCA